AUGGCUCCCAAUGUUGAACUAUUGCGGCAAAAGCAUGAUCUCAAUUUUUAUCGUGCUCCCACUGGAUUCAUCGAUGCCAAAGAUAUAGGAACUCCAGAUGCGCAUGUUUCAAGAGAUCCAAAUAUUACCAGGCUCACAGGCAAACAUCCACUUAAUGCUGAAACUCCCAUUCCAUUGCUUAUGGAUCAUGGAUUCAUCACACCCAACAGUCUUCACAUUGUACGAAAUCAUGGACCUGUCCCUCAAAAUCAAUGGGACACCCACCGUAUCACAAUCAGCGGCCUUGUCAACAAACCAAUUACCAUCACCAUGGAUGACAUACUCCACUUACCAUCGCAUACUCUUCCUGUCACUAUCUGCUGUGCUGGCAGUCGACGCAAAGAGCAAAACAUGAUCAAACCAAGCAUCGGCUUCUCCUGGGGCCCCGGAGGUAUUGGCACUGCCUAUUACACAGGUGUCUUUCUUCGAGAUCUCAUCAAUGACAUUGCCGGCGGCUUGAAACCUGAGGCUCUGCAUAUCUGCAUGGAAGGAAAUGACAAUACGGCCAAGGGUGGAUAUGGCACGUCUAUCACCGUCAAUCGAGCCAUGUCGCCCGAGUUUGACGUUCUGAUUGCCUAUAAAAUGAAUGGUGAGCCUCUUCCUUACGAUCAUGGGUAUCCUGUAAGGUGUAUUGUACCUGGUUGUAUUGGCGGCCGUAGCGUCAAAUGGCUCAGCAAAAUUGAAGCAUCUACGAGCGUCUCCCAGAAUCCAUUUCAAAAUGCGGACAACAAGGUGUUUCCCUCCACUGUGCUGUCUGCAGAUCAAGCUACGGAAGAGAAUUGGUGGACUAAUCCAGAUUACUCUGUCUAUGACUUGAAUGUAAACGGUGUUAUCGCAGCUCCCUAUCACGGUUCAAAGAUUGCGCUGGAUGACCUCAACAAAAAGGUCGUGAUAACCGGCUUUGCUUACGGUGGCAGCAAUCGCAAAGUUACUCGUUGUGAAAUCACACUAGAUGACGGCAAAACCUGGAAUCUUGCUGAAAUCACUGAUAAAAAGCCUGAAGGCGAUCGCUAUGCCUCUGAGCACUAUGGCUAUGAUAACAGCAAAUACCCAGAAUCUUACAAUCAAACUCGUUACUGGACUUGGGUUCACUGGUCUAUCGAAGUUUCUGUUGCUGAUUUGCUCGGUGUGCAAGAAUUCUGCCUGCGCUGUUGGAAUGAAACAAACAGUGUCAUGCCAAAAGAUCUCAACUGGUCUCUCAUGGGCAUGCUCAAUAAUUGUUGGUAUCGUGUUAAGCUGCAUCUUAUCCGUGAACCCACCUUAUCUUUAAUUUUUCAACAUCCUACGACAUUGCCUGGUGAUACAACUCAACUGGAGAUUACGCUUCCUGGUUGGAUGGAGGAAAGUCAAGCCGAGGCUGCUACUGUUGCUGCAUCCAACGAAACCUCUUCUAGUACUGAUACACUCAAGACAUUCACCUUGCAGGAAGUAGAAAAACACACUGCUGAAGGUGAUUGCUGGCUAAUUUAUGAUGACUUGGUCUACAACUGUACUCCUUUUCUGAAAGCGCAUCCCGGUGGUGCUUCCUCGAUUCUUUUGGCUGCUGGGACUGAUUGCACUGAAGAAUUUGAUGCUAUUCACUCACAGAAAGCAAAAGACAUGUUGGCUGAUUACUUGAUUGGCAAGCUGGGCGUUGAAAAACAAGCACCACCUCUCCCUACGCCUCCUUCUGAAAUGGAACAGUUUGAAACUGCAAAGCUCACCGCUCCCUUAUCGAAUGCUGUGAAGCCUUACUUUGAUCCUCGUCAAUGGAAAAAGCUGGUCUUGCAAAGGAAGGAAUGCAUGUCUGCCACGAUUAGAAGGUUUACAUUUGCCAUUCCUCAAGACACGUCCCCAGAUUACAUAUUGUCUCUGCCCACUGGGCUCCAUCUCUUUAUCAAACUCCCAGAAGACCUUAAUGAUAGAUCUGCUAAACCCAAAAUGGUGAUGCGAGCAUACACUCCUAGCAAAGUCGACACAAGAACCAUCGAGUUUGUUAUCAAAAUCUACUAUCCUUUUAAUAGUAUUCCUGGAGGCAAAUUGACUACCUCGCUGGAUCAAAUCCGUCUUGGUGAAACUGUUGACUUUAAGGGGCCCGUUGGUGAAAUUCAAUAUCUAGGAGAUGGAGAAUUCGACAUCCACAACAAACUCUAUCACGGCAUUGAGCAAAUCGGUAUGAUUGCUGGUGGCACUGGCAUCACGCCCAUGUGGCAAUUGAUACAGUCUGCUUUUCAUGACAGCACAAAGCGGCCCUUCAUGUCUCUUAUCUACUGUGCUAGAUCUAUAGAUGAAAUCAUAUUUUAUGAAGAAUUGAAACAGCUGGAAUGUGAUCAAUUGCGAGUACGGCUUGUCUUAUCAGAGGUGCCUGAUGAUCGCUCGUGGACUGGUGGAGUCGGACGUUUUACGAUGGAGGAAUUGAAGCAACACCUCUUUCCAUUUGCUGAUAGCACGUCCAGACUGACCUUCCUGUGUGGGCCUGAUUCCAUGCUAACUCACUGCUGUCUGCCACUACUGAAAGAAGCCUAUGGUGAAGAUUUUUGCACAAACAAUGUGUUUGCAUUUUAA